AUUCUCUCUCUCUCUCUCUCUCUAUCUCUCUCUUUCUCUCUCUCCCGCCCCCCUGCCCCCACUCAAACUCUCCCUCUCCCACUCUUUGGAUUUUCGUAGUCGUCUUUAGCCCGCUUGACCCUAACCGGUAAAUUUACAACGUUGCGAACGCGUGCAUCUCUCGAGAAAGAAGGAGGUGGAGGUGGAGGAGGAGAAGAAGAAGGAGGAGGAGGACGACGACGACGACGACGACGACGACGACGACGACGACGACGACGACGACGACGAAGAGUGGGAGGAAAGGGAAAAGGGGGAAGCUUGCACCACACGCACACGAAUACGCAAGACUUGCUCCGGAGGGACGACGAGGAGGAUGACGAAGAAGCGGAGUGUAGUAGGGAGAGGAGGAGGGAAGGUUGUCGAAGGGAGGGUGUCUCCCGCCACUGUACGCUCGCUUAUGUCUCCCCACCAUUCGUUUGCUCGGUCACGCGGUUGCGCGCGCACGAGUUCGCGCGUACGAAUGGUGGGGAUAGAGGGAAACGUGCGGCCGCUGAAGUUGCUGCGAAACGAAAGCACAGAAUCAUUACACCGCCAGACCUCGAGGAGAGUAGACGCGUUUGAAGUUACUCAGGCUCAGUCGAGAUCUCGUGCUUCAUCCAUCACAACCCCAAUAGUAGACGACGUUCGUACAAUCGGAUACGAUAUUUCGUGUUUCUCGAGACCGUUUUGUUUUUUUUUUUUUCUACCAUCGUAACAUCGUAGUUCUCUACUGUAGAGUAUAUACAUACAUAUAUAUGUAUAUAUAUAUAAACAAAUAUAUAUAUAUAUAUGUAUAUAUACAUAUAAAAAAAAUUUAUGAUUCAUAGUAAAUUGCGGUACGACGAUACGUGUGCGCAGUUGUUUGUUCGUUGAAAAAAAAAAACGCGUGUGAAUUUUACGAAGACGUGAAAAAAAGAGUCUUGAUCUAGAGAAAAGUAAAAAAGACGAAAAAAAAAGACAGAAAAAGAACGAGAGCGAGAGGAAGAGAGAGAGAGAGAGAGAGAGAGGGCGAGAGAGUGAGAGAGAGGGGUAGGAGAGGAAGAAGGACAAGUAGUUUUUUUUUUUCUUCUUCGAUCAACGACACCGACGAAGAGAGAGAAAGAGAGAGAGAGAGAGAGAGAGAGAGAGAGAGAGAGAGAGAGAAGAGAAAGAGAAAGGAAGAGACAGUUACUAGCUAACUAUCUUGUUGACUUGUGCGCGUGUUGGUGCAAAUAGUAGAUCAAUCCUACGUCCCUUGGAGUGCAGUCGCAAAAAGAGACGCUCAUAUAAAGAAAGAUAACUGAGAGUUUUUAACGUCGAGCCUUCUCCGUUACGGGUAUCGUGAGUUUUUUUUUCACAUCUUGUGUAUCGUGCAACAACGAAUUAUCGUUGGUUCCCGUUGUUCCUCUUGUCUCGUUCGUCUUAUGCUCGUUACUAUUGCUAUAAAGAAGAUACACACUCAAAGAAAAUAGAAGGAAGUCGUGUGUACGUUUCACGGUUACGCGCUAACGCGCGUGCCGUACAUAUAAGAUAAACAGAGAGAAAGAGAGAAUUAAUCGGCAAAAAUUUUGUCGCACCGUGAUUGAUAGACAUUCAUGCUCGCAAAUAUUCGUCGUGCGUGAUAAAUAUAAAAGAAGAAAAUUAACGAUACAGAAAGAAAGAGAAAGAGAGACACUUUCUUUUCUAUCUCGUCGUGUUAAAUCCCAGCACCUAUGGAAAGUGAUCCAUUUGAGGAUCCACCUUACGGACGUUUUAGACGUCGAAUUUGAGUAAGACGGACGAAAAGAGUGAGAAACAGACAAUAAGGGAAGAGAGUUUACGAAAGACAUACACUUUUUGGCUCGGAUAUCGUUAAUUAUCAUCCUUAUCGUUUUACAAUUUGUUUGCUUCUUGUCAGCGCGAAUUUGAGAAGUAUAAUAUAAAGAGGAAAAGAGAAAGAAAAGAGCGAAAGAGCGAAGAGAGACAGACAGAGAGAGAGAGAAAGAGAGAGAGAGAGAGAGAGAGUGAAAGGGAGAAGACAUUCAGCAUUGAAAAAGUUUAGAGGAGUUCUAAAGAGAAAUUCUAUUAUAAAUAAAUAACAAGAAGAAAUUAAAAAGAAAAAAAAAAAAAAAAAAAAGAUGGCGAUACCGUUCGUGCAACCGACCGAAGAGGAUCAGGAGUUAUCAAAUCAACAACUUCAAAUUAUGAUGGCUCUCUACAUGGCAUUGCAACAGGUCCUACGGAGCAGAUCGUUUCGUCACUCAUCAAGGAAUCAUCAGCCUCGUCGUCAAGGAAAUACAGUAGGUUCUCGAGAACACGGAUUGGUCCUGUUGGAUCAAGAUAUUGCCGGAUUACCGUUACCAGAUUUAGUAUCAUCAGCGAUGCAACAAUUGCCACCUCCAUCGCCACAGGUUACGGUUUCCGCGCCUACCAGUCCAACGAGGGAUGCUACCUUUCAAUUUCCAGAAUGCAGUGGCACCAACAACGUAGCCGCCGCUGCGGCCGCCGCAGCCGCUGCUUCAUAUGCUAAUGUUGCUAGAAACAACAAUUAUGAGAAUGAGGAUGAGGAAGGGGCACCGGUCCCAACUCCAAGGCCACGGCCACGAAGACGCAGACCAAUAAAUGUUCGUGUCCCUUCGAAAAAGACAUCGCUCACGCUUGAGCCAGCUUGCAAUGGUGACAGCACUUGUUGUGAACAUCCUGGUCACGCUUUGCGUAAUGGACAAUGGUGGAUUAGUAUUGGAGCCAACCUCAGAAACAUAGCCGACGAUUUCCAGGCGUCCAAAACAAAGAACGCCGAACUGGAGAACUCACGACUGUCGUUGGUGACUUCCGGUUUCCCAAGCAACACAAAUGGCAACAGCCUACCCACCGAGGAUAUAUUACGUUCCAUGAUCCCAGCGUCUAUAAGAGAGACGACGUUAUGGGUGACAGUGGCUCUCUACCUCGGUUGGAGGCUUGUCUCUCGUCUACGAUAAAUCCAUGAGCUUUCGCCUCGCCGCAUCAUCCCGAGCAUCAUCGCAUUGAGAAGAGAGGACCAUCGUUUAGGAAGAGAAGAAAAAGA